AUUUGUUUGGCAGCCGUGGUGACAGUCAAACUUCACGCGCGCGUCGCAGAGGUCGCGUCGAAAACGGGACUGUAAAUAAAAAAACAGGUCAGGAUGGCGGAUGACUUUGAUGUUGAGGCCAUGCUUGAAGCUCCUUAUAAGAAGGGUGAAAGCAAGUCCUCUUGUGCCAAUGGUCAUGAUGACGGCCGCAGCAAGAAGAAAAGACAUAGCAAAAGUCGCAGUCCAGACCGCCGGAGGAGUAGAAGCAGAGACCGCAAGAAGAGUCGAGAGCAACGGAGGAGUCGUAGUCGUGAUCGGAGACGUUCGCGCAGCAAAGAGCGCAAGCGUUCUCGAUCCCGCAGCCGCGAUCGUGGUGGACGCUACCGAGGACGCAAAAGUCCGUUUAUGGGGCCAAAAUUAAACGGUGGUCCAGGAGGGAAGUUUGGCCCACAUUUCAACAAGCACAGUCGCAGGCGCUCUCGGAGCAAGAGCCCCUUUAAGAAAGACAAGAGCCCCAUCAGGCAGCCAAUAGAUAAUCUGACCCCAGAAGAGAGAGACGCCCGCACAGUGUUCUGCAUGCAGCUGGCUGCCAGAAUUAGACCCAAAGAUCUGGAAGAGUUCUUCUCAGCAGUAGGAAAAGUUCGUGACGUAAGGAUGAUCUCAGACAGAAACUCUCGGAGAUCAAAGGGCAUUGCCUACAUUGAGUUUGUAGAAGCGACCUCAGUACCGCUGGCGAUCGGGCUGACUGGACAGCGAGUUUUGGGAGUGCCAAUUAUAGUCCAGGCCUCACAGGCUGAGAAGAACAGGGCAGCAGCAGCACUGGCAGCCAGCCUCCAGAAAGGUGGUGCAGGGCCGAUGCGGCUCUAUGUGGGCUCCCUCCACUUUAAUAUAACUGAGGACAUGCUCAGGGGCAUCUUUGAGCCAUUUGGCAAGAUUGAGGGCAUCCAGCUAAUGAUGGACAAUGAAACAGGCAGAUCAAAAGGAUAUGGCUUCAUAUCAUUUGCAGAUGCAGAGUGUGCUAAAAAAGCCCUGGAGCAGCUAAAUGGUUUUGAGCUUGCUGGUCGGCCCAUGAAGGUCGGUCAUGUUACCGAACGUUCAGAUGCGUCUUCAGCCAGCUCCUUCUUGGACAAUGAUGAGCUGGAGAGAACGGGCAUUGACUUGGGCACGACGGGACGCCUUCAGCUGAUGGCAAGACUAGCAGAGGGUACAGGAUUGCAGAUUCCUGCCGCUGCCAAGCAGGCUUUACAGAUGAGUGGCUCUCUGGCGCUUGGAAAUCUGGCAAAUGACUAUGCUUCCGUGCAACACAAAAGGAGCUGCUCUACAGUGAAAGUAGAUAGUGACCAGAGGCUGUCAAGCUCCAAAAAAGGAUGAAAAAAGCACCAUAAAUAUACCCUAAAAAUUGUCCUUGUGCACUUGUGGCAGAUUGUGGCUCGACAAGAUUGAAUUGAAGCAAGAAUGAGAUAAAUGAGCUGCGGUGGAAGGGACGAUUUUCAGUGAACGACGACAUACAUUUUGGUCUUGUUUUUGUAGACUUGGGAAAAAAUUGCAAAAGUUUUGUAGGCUACUUUUAUGGUGCUUUUUUUGUCCUUUUUGGAGCUUGAAGGCCACUGGCUCACUGUUUUCUGUCAUAGUAUGGAAAAGAGCAAUUUGGACAUUCUGUGUUCAAUGGAAUACUGAAAACAAAUGGGUUUGUAACGGCUUGAGGGUGAGUAAUUGAUGACAGAAAUUUCAUUUUUGUGUGAACUAUUCCUUCAAUAGCCUGUUGUACAUUCAUUACCAAUACUAUCUCAGAAUCCACUGAGGGAAUUGAAAGGACUAUUUAUCCAAAUGACCUAAAAAGGCCCAACUUUGCCUUUCAUAUAAUGUGCCCUGUUAUAAGCAAAAUAAAAAAAAAAAACUGUUGUUGAGGUCAAAGUGAGGUAGUCAUAUAGUUUGCCUUUUUAGUGAAAACACUGAAUGAACUCUCCUUUAAGAAAUGUCUUUUGUGUUGAGCACAGUAAGUAACAUUAUCAUAUGGCACCUGCUUUAAUAAAAACAUAAUCAGAGAAAACAGUUUUCUAUAAAAUCCUGCUUUAAGUUUAUCUCAACAGAUAAUGUGAGACAACGUGGUGUUUUAUUUUAGCCUUGCGACCUUGACCAACUUCAUUGUACUUCUAUCUUGAUAAUCGUUCAGUUCCAGAAUCCCAUAAUGGAGCUUUGAGUCUUAAUUAAAUUAGUCUUGCAAAUCUUGCCAAUUUUAUUAACUUUAAGUGUGUUGAAACCUCAGGAACUUGCUUCAGGAGUCUGUUGAAUCCAACUUUAAGAUUCAACAAAUCCGAGCAAAGCUUCUUGGCUUGCUAACAGGUUCCCACCGUUUAUUUGUUUCUCAGCUGCCUUUCAGAUAAAUUUUGUGUUAGUGACAGUCAUUCCAGAAAUCUGUUAUUUUCCUCUAAUCAUAGAAGAUUUUUACCAUGAUGUUCACCUGUGAAAGUGUCAAUUACACUGAGUUAUUUGUGUGUGUGUGCAGCUACAACCACAGCCACAGCUCCCCUACUCCCCAAUCCAGGG